GCAGUUGCUAACUUAAAUGGUCACAGAAUUUUACGUUGUUGUUAUCAUUGAUGAUAAUUGUGAUAGAUACACACGUUAAAUAUUCAGUUCUAUUUUGGUUACCAAAUCAAUAACAACUGGCUGGUAACAAAAAAAGCCGACAGUCUUUCCCUUCCUCAUGUUCGAGAAGUGGAAUGGCCUAUCGUCGGCACAACUUCCAAAGCCACAGAGAUCACCGGGACAGUAGGUCAUAUGACAGCAGUGGCAGUGAGGAUACAGACUUCUCGGAAACCGAGGACCGGAGGAAGGCUUGCAUAAAACGGACAAGCAAUCUAAGCGGACCGACGAGAUCAAAGCCUUGCCUAGUGAACCGUGUGCGAAGUCUGAGUCUCGAGAACACAAGCAGUAACGAGGAGGGUGCGGCAUCGGACGGGAAGGUAUCGUCAGCCAGCUAUGCCCUGCGUCACUACCCGCACUCUGUCGAUCUAGCGCUGGCACAGAAUCAGCGCACUUUGUCGUCACAGCUCUCUGACGAGGCCAAUAGCGACCACUGUCAUAGUUCAGCAGCAACACCGUCUUUGGAGUACAACAUGGCAAUGAGUAUGGAAGCCAAAAUAUCCAAUGCUCCCACCAUGGCCACAAAGAGUGGAGAGAGACUCACUUUAGUAGUGGAUGGAACCCGUUUUGUAGUAGACCCUGAACUCUUUAAACCUCGACCUGAAACGAUGCUUGGCAGAAUGUUCACAUCAUCUUUAGAUCAUAAUAUCACUCGACCCAAUGAACGCGGGGAGUAUGAAGUGGCUGAAGGGAUCUCAGCUACAGUGUUUAGAUCUAUUUUGGAGUAUUACAAGACUGGUAUUGUGCGGUGUCCUCCUUGUGUGUCUGUCCGCGAUCUACGAGAAGCUUGCGACUACCUCCUUAUUCCAUUUGAUGCAAAAACAGUCAAGUGCCAGAACUUACGAGGCCUUUUACAUGAACUUUCCAAUGAGGGAGCACGACAACAGUUUCUAGCUUUCCUCGAGGACCUCCUUUUACCCCAGAUGGUUCUUUGUGCAGAGCAUGGUGAGCGUGAAUGUCACAUUGUUGUGUUGAUUGAUGACGACAUCGUAGAGUGGGAUGAUGAAUACCCUCCACAGAUGGGAGAAGAACAUUCACAAAUUAUUUACAGUACGCCUGUGUAUAGGUUCUUUAGAUACAUAGAGAACAGGGAUGUAGCCAAGCAGGUUUUAAAAGAAAGGGGUCUUAAGAAAAUACGGCUUGGAAUUGAAGGAUACCCUACAAAUAUGGAGAAAGUGAAGAAACGGCCUGGUGGACGGCAGGAAGUUAUAUACAAUUACGUUCAGAGACCGUUUAUCCGAAUGUCGUGGGAGAAGGAAGAAGCUAAGAGUCGCCAUGUUGACUUCCAGUGUGUGAAAUCCAAGUCAAUCACCAACCUGGCGGCGGCCGCCAAUGAUGCACACGACCAGAGUAUUGUCCAGCAGGAUCAGGACGGGACUAUAAACAUCGUUCCCCCCCAGCCUUCACCGUCGGAGCCUUACCCUGACGUCGAACUUCCCCCUGAAGGGGAUGCUGACUGAUGCUGCCGCAGACUCUGUUGUAUGUUGUGAGUGAGGGGGGAGCUGUUUCUUGAGGCUGUGUUGGAGUGAUACUUGUGUUCAGAAUCAGGCUGGACAUUCCUGUGGUUCUACUGGAUAGUCUUGAUAAUAUCAGGAGUGGAUGAUGUGGUAUGCCAACAUUCACAUUCGAAAAAAACUAUUAGGAUGUUAAAUAAAUGAUGCUUUUUUAUUGUUAUUUUUUGUGAAGCACAAGUAUUUUGAUAAAGCAUUCAAACAAAAUAUAUAUUGGCUUUAAAUCACACGUUCAGUUAGAGAAUUGUUUUCUUUCAAACAAAGGGAAGACCCAUUGAUAUUCUAGUGGUUGUCAGACUAGUGCAGUGUUAGUCCUACAGCCAUGACAUCCUCCAGACAUUUCAGUAUUAAUUCUCGAUGGUUGUUUCAACGAUUUAGUUACCAGUUUGGCUAACAGUUUGUUUAUAGACAUCCAUCUGCUAGUCGGAUUGCUGGCCAACCCUAUUUUGUGAAGUUAUAGUAUUUUAGUGUGCAACUAAUGAUUUAUUUAUUAUGUACAUGCAUGGAUCAAUCUGGAAAAUGAUUUUUGUUUUAGUUAUUUUCUUGCAAAAUCUUUAGUAUAUUUGAUAAAAAUGAUUUUAAAAAGGGAAAUAUAAAGACAAUAGUAAUCUCCAAAUAUAAAAUGUUAUAGCCAAUUUUUUUUUUAAUUUUUUUAAGAAAGGCAUUUUAAAUAAUUUGCUAUGAUAUGUAUUGUAUUGUUUGUUUUCUUUUUCUUUCAAUCUAAUGCAGCUUUGUGGAGUAAAGUGAGCAUCAUCUACAGGGCUGUGCAUUAACUCUCAACAUCUGCUUGUUUGAUCUGAAAUGUGCUCUCCUGACCCAAAUAUGUCUGUUGAAAGUAUCAAACAAAAAUGAUGUGGUAUGUGCUGUCCUGUCUGUUGGAAAGUGCACAUAAUAGAUCCCAUGCUGCUAAUGGAAAAAUGUAGCGGGUUUGUCACAGUAUGUCACAAUUAUCAAGUGUUUGACAGCCAACAGCCAAUACAUGUAAUUAUGUAAUUAAUACAUCAGUGUUCUCUAGUGGUCUUGUUAAUCAAAACAAGAACUUUUAACUUCUUGAAUCAAGCAAUAUACAAGUUGUUUUUCAAUAGACUUGACCAUUGGCAUAGCUUAUUGCACUUUUGUUUCCUUCUUUUUUCUUUGGGAGGGGGUAACAAUGGCAGAUCAACAAGCCUAUGCUUGUACUUCAUGCUAAGGGUAUACUAAUGGUGUAUGUUCUUUUUGAUUGGUUGGAAUUAAUUUGAUUAGUCUUGUAAUUUGAUUCUUAUAUGGUUGUGUGUUGCAUACUUGAUACAGUAUUAGUGUAGAACACUUAAACCAACCACUAAGUAGUUAUGUCCCUUGAUCUAUUUGUUGUGCUGUUUGGGGGAAUGUGAGCAUCUUUGCUUAGGACUUUAGUCCCAACGUGGUCUUCAUUAGGAAUUUUUUUUUUUUUAUAUAUAUAACAAAGUUUGGUGAGAGUUUUACUUUUAGCUGGAACAUGUUUUCUCUUAAUCAGCAUUUGGGUUUUGAAGUCCAUUUUAUGUGUGCUUGUAUACAUGUACGGUACAUGUAUAUUGCUGAUAAUUGCUCUAAUAUUUACAGAAAUUAAACUUAUUGAUAAUUUGUGAUGCAUCCAUGAAAAUAUCCCACAAACAACUCAGAUAUGGAAAUCAAAUAGUGCUCUAGUUUUUAGAUCAUGAAAUAAUUUUGAAUUUUUUUUAUUAGAAACUUAGCAUAUUUCUUGUUUUCUUUCAAAUAUGAAUAUUUUAUUGCUUGAAGCCUGCAGUCAUAAUACUCCAGUCGUGUGUAGACUAGGCUUGUAAGUGAAUACUCAGGAAAUGAUUUGAAAUUGGUUAAAUUAUUUGCAUAUGCAGGGGUGCAGAAAAAAUAAAUAUGUCACUAGUCAACUGGACUGGUACCAACCACAAUUUACUAGUCUGUCAGAAUAUUCAUACUAGUCCAUCAGUCUACACGAGAAUAUAAUAUUGAUAUAAUUCAGCAAUAACUUCAAUAACCAUCCAGUGACUUCUUUAUUUCCUCCUCAACACAUACUGCUGUUUUAAAAUAUAUUUUAUGUUAAAUGUUAUAGCUUAGUUACAAGUUGCACAACAAAUACUGCAUUAAGGAAUUAAAAACAAUAUACAUAUGUGUUAUUUAUUUAUUUUAUUUAUUAAUUGACACUCAACAUAUUUUAAUUACGGUUAUAUGGCAUCAGACAGAUGUUUAAGUGGUGGCAGUUCGUUUCCUCUUCCAUUCUGUGUAUAUAGUCACUAUAUACAGAGAAUGGAAGAGGAAACGAGCUGCCACCACUCAAUGGGGUACUCUUUCCGAUUAGCAUCAAGAGAUAUUUUAUAUACAGCAUCCCACAGACAGGACUACAUACCAUGGCUUUUGUUACACCAUGGGCUACGUUUCGUCUCGCAGUAUAUUUCAUGAACAUACAGAUUCAUUCAAUGUAUAUUCGACAAACAGUUGAAUGGGGACAUAUGGGAGUCUUUACAAAAAAGGAGGUUGCCAGUCAGAUUGGGGUUUAUAUUUUUUAUUUGCAUUUGGCAAAUGGACUAGUAGUUUCUGUACCCCUAAUAUGUGCCCAUUUGUGUAUACUAUUCUCUGCUCAAACUAUUAUAUUUGUUAUUCAUUUGAUUUUACCUGAUGUAUGUACAUGUAAUUACAAGUGUUCCACUAUUAUACAAUUUAUUCUAUUCUGAUUGGACAAUGUCGCUAAAAAGACAGCUUGUUAUCCUUUGAUAAAUGAUGUCAAAUGGCACGUCAUCCGAUUUAUAUGGGUCUUUUUAAACUAAAUAAGUUGUGUUUGUAAUUAUAAGAAUGGUUUGUCCUUUUUUGUGAAUUUAUUGUCGAAUAAGUCACAAAUUUUGGUAUUAAAUUUGUGACUUAUACCUUGGUAAAUUCAAGCAAAACAUUAUGUCUUACUAUAUCACCUGUAGUUAAAUUGUAACGAAUUGGUUUUUAAGAUAUCCAAUGCUUCACAUGUUUUUCUUUUAAUAUGCAUCUGUAAACCAUGUAAAAAAUAUAUAUAUAUUGUCUUUGAUAUACAGUUGGACUAUUAACACAAAAAUGUUAAAUGGCUGAUAUGUAACUUCUUGUAUGUUCAUUAUUUAUUAUAUUUUUGUUCUGAUAUUAAAUAUGAAUUAAUUUUCAUAUAGCUUUGUGAAAACAGAAUUAGGGGAUUUUCAACAGCUGGGGGGAGGGGUGGGCAAAAACGUUUUAAUGAUGCCUCACUCAAUACAUUGUUUAACCUGUAGCUGUUUGGUGACUAACACUUGACAAUUAUAACUAGUGAUGGGAAUUGGUUAGAAUUUAAUCAUCAAUCAUCAGUUAUAAUUGGUUUGCACUAACCGGUCUACUUUCAGUUAUACAAUCGGUCAGAAUUACAAGAAGAUAAGGACCAUGCACCCUAUUGUGUUUAUCAGGAUAAACCCCACAAAUUGAUAAUUUUACCUUUAAUAACUAUUUAAUUUUUUUUUUUAAUUAACACAAGAAAACAAAUACCAACCCUGAUAUAUUUACACCAAUUCCAUCAUUUAAAAUGGAGGAACAUUACAGUUAAGAUUUUCCCACUCAAUUGAUUAUGGAAUUUUAUAAUUGAUCACCAUCAGUUCGAUCUAUUUUCGAUUAUAAUCAAUCAAUGGAACAGCAUCACUAAUUAUAACUGAUGUUGUUGUGUUUAACUGGCUGCUGUUUUAAGUUCUAAAACUUGGUAAUUAUAACUGGUGUAGUGUUGGAGAAGAAGCUUACCUCUGUCACAUAGGCUAUUGUUCAUCCUCCAACCCAUUGCACCUCUGGUGUUCUAACCACAGAGCUACAUGUACAUCUGACUCUAAAUAGAUGUGUGUGUCCUUUCAUUGUGAUGAAGGACUGUUUGUAAUAAUUGGCAUCUCAUAAAAUCAGCACCAUCAGGGUUUUCCUGUCAUUAAUUGUUGAUACAUAUGUAUACUUAUGCAGUUUACAUUUGAAGAAUUAACCAUACAAUAGCAGAAUUUUAAUUUUAAUAUUUUUUUUUUUUCAGUUAAUUAAUUUUAUGUAUUAAUUAUUUUUAAAAUGACAUAUAGAGGUGAAGCACUUCUUGUUGAGUUGUGGUUACUGUACCAAUAUUCACAAAUUUCUUAUGUAUUAAGUUAUGUAUUAAUGCAUCAAUGUGAAAAACAAGCCUGGAUGAUGGCCCUUUAGCAGAAUCUUGCACAGUAUGUUACAGUCACAGAAAACAAAGCAACAACAGAAAUCUCUCUAAACAUAUAGAAAUCUUCCUGUAGUAGGUAGUCGUCAUUAAAUAUUGAUGUAAAUGAAAGCCUUGUAUCAGUGUUUGGUUCUGUAUGUUGGUGGUGUGACUGUAUGGUUCAAAACUGGUUCAAAAGAAAUAGUUAAAUGUUAAUGUUAGCAACAUGUGAGACUAGUAAAGUGUGUGAGAAAUCAUGUGAACAGAAUCCAAGAAACAGUGUUGCCUUUAAACAUGUUUACAGUGUUUGUAUAUUUCAAAUUCCACAACAUGGUGCUACAUAAUGAAGUCGAUGCAAAUUUAUCUAAUGCUAGUAGAUACAAGAAGAGGUCCAAGUCGCACACACCUGCUGUCAUACAAUCAAGAACAAAUAUGUUGAAUGCAUAUGUGAUGGUUAGGACCAUAAACCCUUCUUCUUUUAAAGUAAUACAGCUUCGGAUGUGUAGGCCCAGUUCCAUUUCUAGAAUGGCUAGGAUGUUUGUCUCAAUAUAUAAACAACAUCAACCAAUAGCCUGUUUGUUGUUACCAGUUACAUAUAGGUGGUGUUGUUGUUUUCUUCUAAUAUUGGCUAGUAUACCCCCUCCCUUCAAAACACAUAACAGCCAUGCAUGGUGAGUCACCAGCUUGUAAACACCAUUGUGAAGCAAGGAAUAAAGCCACAAUUAUUUAUGGUAUCGGUGAACCAUGGUUUGUUGUCAGGGUCACAUUUAUCGACGUUUUACUCGCCAUGCAUCUUCAUAAAUCAAGGCUAAUAUUCGUUCCUCGUAUUCAGCCUUGAUGCAUGUAGUCAAGAAAUCUUGCCACAAAAUGCUUAAAUUUCAUUAGAUGCGAUGAAAUCUGAUUGCAACGAAUCGCAACGCUCCUUAUAGAUUCCCUUGUUAUUGUAAACAAAGAUGGCAGCAUCAGCGUCCGUGGAAACGUGUCG